AUGUACGGUCAAUUGGCUCGAAACGUUGGGUUGCAGAGUAUUAAGAUGAACCGUAUAGCCACUGCAGGCAUAAUUAUCAUUGGAGAUGAGAUCCUUAACGGGAAGAUCCACGAUACGAACUCGUAUUACUUUGCCCAGAAGAUGUUUUCACUGGGUGUUGAGUGUAAGAGGAUCUUGGUGGUUCCCGAUGAUGAGCUGGAGAUCCACAAUGCGGUUCAAUUGAUGCAGAAAUAUGACUUUGUAGUGACCAGCGGUGGUAUUGGGCCAACCCAUGACGAUAUCACUUAUGACUCGUUGGCUAGUGCGUUCAAGCUGCCUACAGAAUUACAUCAGGAGACUGCCGAGAGAAUGGCCAGGUUGAGUCAGAAGAACAUACAACACGAAGGAGAUGCUAGAAAGGCACAAUUGCGCAUGGCAACGUUCCCAAAGGGUGAUAAUGUUGAUGUGAUCUUUUUAAGAGAUGACCUAUGGGUCCCUGUCGUUGGCCUGAACGAACGGUUCUAUGUCCUUCCAGGAGUUCCACAGCUAUUCACAAAGCUGUUGGACUCUUUGAUAGAAUCCUUCAAGGGUACGAGAAUCAUCAGUAAAUCGUUUAUUAGAUACUUUGUCAAGACACCUUUGAGAGAGUCAGCAAUGGCUCCACAUCUAAGUAAACUACAGAAAGAAGUUGGUAAUGACAUCAAAAUUGGAAGCUAUCCACAUAUGGGCCAGGGCUUCAACACCAUAAGUGUUCUGGGAAGAGAGGAGGAUAAAAGCAGCUUGCAAUACGUUGUUGACUACUGCGUAAAGAACUUAGAAGGUGAACAGGUCACAGAUGAACAAGAGAAAUCAUACUCCGAAAAGGUUGAAGAUAGAGUGGAAUAA